GUAUUUGUUGAUUAUUUUGGAUGGUGCGGGGAUUCUGGAGUGCUGGAGUUGAUUUUUUUGUUAGAAUUAUGGUCUAAUCCAUUAAAAUUUGAUUUCAGAAUUUUUUUUCUGGAAUUUUUUGGGCGAAAAAUGGGAACGAGGGGGUGUGUGAGGGGUGGGUGGUGAAUGUGGGUGAAGGUCGAUUGGGAACCCUGUGACCCAGUAGAGGUCGUAGAUGUUAUUGAUGAGCACGUGUUUGUGAAGUGACAUAAUUAUUUUGGACCGAAAAUUCUCGGUAUUUCGAGGAAUUCGUUGAUGGUGGAGUGAAAGGGUUGUGCAGAGGUGAGGAUUGAGGGCUGAGGGCCGAGGGUUGAGGGCCGAGGGUUGAGGGCUGCUAGACCCGGGAGUAUUUAUAUCCUAGCGGAGCCGACCAAAAGCUGAAAGUGAAAAAUGGCGAAACAUGAAAGUACCGAAUUAACCCGCGAAGAUUUCGACGCAGGUCCGUCAAGUGCCGACGAAAUCGAGCCGAGCUUAUACUUAGGCAACCUGACAGCAGCAACAGACGUUAAAUGGCUGAAAGACACUAAAAUCACGCACAUCCUGACGGUCGAUUCGUGCCCCCUCCCCAGGAGGAUUCAACUCCUCCCGGACUUGACUGUCAAGUACAUCCAGCUGACGGACAUGCCACGGGAGGACUUUCUCCGGUACUUCGAUGAGUCCCACGAUUUUAUCGAUCAGGCCCUCACCUCGGGGGGAAAAAUCCUGGUGCACUGUUACUUCGGGGUCUCCAGGUCGUCGACUCUCGUCAUCGCGUACAUGAUGAAGAAGUACGAGAUGACGUUCGACGUCGCCCUGGAUGUCGUCAAGUCCAAAAGACGAUUUGUCAGUCCAAAUUCUGGGUUCGUAGCUCAACUCAAACUUUACGGGGACAUGGGGUGCACCAUUGACACCAGGAAUGUGCAGUUUAAGAUGUAUAGACUGCAAAUUGCUGCUGACAAGGUCCGAAAAGCCCGAAUUCUCCCGUCAACUUAUGUGGAUCUGAUAAAACCGGAUCCAGCGCUAGAAACAGUCCGUCCAGAGCCAACGGUCUACCGUUGCAAGAAGUGCCGGAGGAUAGUUGCAACUGCCAGCAAUAUCCUACCCCAUGCACCAGGUCAGAGGCAUGUCUGGCGUUACGUCAGUCGGAGAGGUGACAAGGGAAAAAUUAUUCCGGUCAAGGACUCCCGACCUGACCAACUCUGCGACAAAAUCUAUUUCAUCGAGCCCAUCGCCUGGAUGCCCGACAUCCUGCACAACGUCGAGGGCAAACUCAAUUGUCCUAAGUGCGAGGCAAAACUUGGAUCCUUCAGCUGGAUAUCAGGUUGCCAGUGCCCAUGCAGCACGAAAAUUGCGCCGGCUUUUUACCUGGUGCCAUCGAAAGUCGAAUGGAGUAAUGCUGUACAAAACGUUCUUGUUACUGUCUGAAGAGCAGUUCCAUUAUCUCCCCAACAAAUGGUUUUACGAAAAAAUUUCAGAGGAAUUUUUUGCGGAGAAUUUCAUCACCGAAAAAAAAUGUUGUAUUCAUUUUUUUCAAUGGAGCACUCAUUACCGAAAUAAUUAAAUAAUUAGGCAUUGAGGUCAUCGUCGGUUGUUGAAACAAUGUUCGGAAUCCAGGGAUCGUUCAUUGCGGAUUGUCUUGGUACUGGGUGAUUUUGGGAAGAAAUUGAGUAAGAGAUUUUUUGAGGAGAAUUUUAUCCUCCGGAUAUGAGAUCUUGUGAUGUUUUCUCGUAAAAUCAUUUUUCACCGAGAUAAAUUCCAUUUUUUUGUAAUUAAUGUUUAUCUGAUGAUUUUGGCUGUUUAAACACUAUUU